AUGGCGAAUGGGGAACCAAAGUCAUAUUCAAGCAACUUACAAUUGGCACUUACAAUACUUGGCACAGUCACUGGCAUGAUCAUUUUAAUAAUUGGAAUCACCAUGGCGUCAAGAUAUGCACCAAAACCACAACAGCAACCAUUGAUACUCAAAAUCCAUUCAAUCACCAUGUCAGGCCUUAAUGUAUCCUGUUUCUUAACCGAGACAAGAUGGAACGUAACGGUGUUGUUCGCUAACCGGAACAGCAUGUUAGAGAUGUCCAUACACAGUUUCGAGAGCUCGUUGUAUUACAAUUACAGUAACCCAAUUUCGUGUGCUGUUGUGGAAGCAAUGCACCUUGGGCCAAAGAAGCAAAGGCUAGUGGAAAUGCAGUUCAACAGGGCUCAAUGUGGGGAAGAACAACCAUAUGUUGAUGAUUGGGUAUUGGAAAGGAUAAGGAAAGAUGAAAUUAAAGGGGAAAUGAGCUUUGUUGUAGGGAUGAAAUUGAGGGUUUCGUAUCGAACAGGUAUACUGGGAUGGGAUUAUGAUUUGAAUCCUCAUUGUCCUAAGCUUGAUAUGCAGCUUGUACCAAGUACUGGUAAUGGUGGAAUCAUCUUUGAUCACCCUAAGAUAUGCUUAGUCCCAUUAUGA